AUGUAUGGAAGCUUAAUUCAGUCUGAAAAUGAAACUGAUCCUCUACUACUCAUCAAUCGGUCCAAGCUCAACAAAAUCUUCUCAAGACACAUUCCAGGGCGUGAUGGAAAAAUAUCUCCACAAGAAGUCAUAAAAUUUUGCAAAAACGUCAGAAUUUUCCCAGUAAGCUUUAUCCAGGAUUUAAUCCAAAUGAUCGAGCUCAAAAAAAUGAUAUGCCUAAUACAAUAAAUAAAUACGCUCAUACUAAGUAAACCAUCAUCAGUAGGCAUGCUUUUAUUCAUUAUAUUAGGUACAAGAAAACUCUGCUCGUCAAAUAAAUUUUCAUAUCAAAAUUUUGAAACUUUAUUCAAGCUAAUUGCAGAUCAAGCUUUCAAUACCAACGCACCAAUUAACGACAAAUUAUUUAAUUUAAUUUAAAUUAAUCAUAAUUAUUUCUAUUGAAAAAAUCAGACUAUUUAGCCUAAAAAAGUAUAAGAAUGCUGUUCAUUCACAUCCGAAAUUCAUGUAAAAUGCAUUAUCAGGUCUCUUUUACAUUUGACGUGAAAAAAGAAAAUUCAAGGACUCCUUUGUCGAGUGAAGAAUCAAUGCAGGACAUCCCUGAGAGCGAAUUAAAAAGCUUAAACUGCUCAAGAGAAAUAAAAAAUGACAAAAAUUCAGGAAUUAAGUACUCAACAAAAUUUAUCACAGGAAUUAAAAGAUUUUCUAGUAUUUCUCCACAAAGAGCUCUGUCGAAAUCGCCAAAUAUGUCUCAGAUAGCUAGAAGUGAUACUAAAGAAUCAAGAGGGAUUACCAUUUCUCCAGCACCAUUUCUGGAUAUCUCUGAAAAAUCGUCACCUUGUAAUAUAAGUAGAACACCCCUUGCUACAACGUUUAGUUCAGCUAUUAUUCCAUGUGAUAAAAGUGUAAUCAAAAGUAUAAAGCUUGAUAAAAGCGCUAUAGCAAUGCCGAAGUCUAAUUCAUACUUAAAAAUAAGGGCACAUUUAAGGGCGCUUUCUAGUGGAAUUGUUGAAAAUCCUAAUGUUUUCAUAGUAAAUAUGGAUUUUUUUAUGUUUUUUUGAAAAAAAGAAUAGACAGAUGGGAAGGUAUAUAAUAAGAAACGAUUCUCCAGAAACAAAGAAGCAAGUAUUUUCGAUUGAAAAAGCAAAAGAAGUGCUAGGGAGCUUUAAAGAAAAACAUAAAAGUAUCUUGUUAAGCCAGCCAAAGAUUAAGCAGGCCAUAACUUUAAAACAAAGCAGCUACAUAGAAAGGAUAAGAAAUCAGUAUUUUUCGCCUUUGUUUGUCAAAACUGCGAUUUUUAAUGCUUGGAAAAGUUUAAGAAAAAAUCAUCAGCCACAAAUUCUGCUAGAUAAAUCUUCAUAA